AUGGGUGGGGCUGGAGACACUUCUUCCCAGCUCCACAGACCGGAAUCGUUUAUUUGCGGCCGGAAUUCUUUCGUAGGAAUUCCGAAACCUAUCAUAGGAAAUCAUAGGAAUGACGUUCUAAUUAUAGGAAUAAAAAAAAUUCAUGGAAACCAGUUAUUAGCCAUGGGUGGGGCUGGAGACACGUGUUCCCAGCUGCACCCACUUGAAUCGUUUAUUUGCGGCUGGAUUUCUUUCGUAGGAAUUCCGAAGACCAUCAUAGGAAUUCAUAGGAAUGACGUACUUAUUAUAGCAAUAAAAAAAAUUCAGGGAAACCAAUUAUUAGUCAUGGGUUGGGCUGGAGACACGUGUUCCCAGCUUAACCCACGAGAAUCGUUUAUUUGCGGCUUCAAUUCUUUCGUAUUAAUUCCGAAACGUAUCAUAGGAAUUCAUAUGAAUGACGUACUAAUUAAAGGAAUAAAAAAAAUUCAGGAAAACCAAUUAUUAGAAAUGGGUGAGGCUGGAGACACUUCUUCCCAGCUCCACAGACCGGAAUCGUUUAUUUGCGGCCUUAAUUCUUUCGUAGGAAUUCCAAAACCUAUCAUAGGAACUCAUAGGAAUGACGUACUUAUUAUAGGAAUAAAAAAAAUUCAGGGAAACCAAUUAUUAGUCAUGGGUGGGGCUGGAGACACGUGUUCCCAGCUUAACCCACGAGAAUCGUUUAUUUGCGGCCUCAAUUCUUUCGUAUUAAUUCCGAAACGUAUCAUAGGAAUUCAUAGGAAUGACGUACUAAUUAAAGGAAUAAAAAAAAUUCAGGAAAACCAAUUAUUAGCCAUGGGUGGGGCUGGAGACACGUGUUCCCAACCCCACCCACGAGAAUCGUUUAUUUGCGGCUUCAAUUUUUUCGUAUUAAUUCCGAAACGUAUCAUAGGAAUUCAUAUGAAUGACUUACUAAUUAAAGGAAUAAAAAAAAUUCAGGAAAACCAAUUAUUAGAAAUGGGUGGGGCUGGAGACACUUCUUCCCAGCUCCACAGACCGGAAUCGUUUAUUUGCGGCCGGAAUUCUUUCGUAGGAAUUCCAAAACCUAUCAUAGGAAAUCAUAGGAAUGACGUUCUCAUUAUAGGAAUAAAAAAAAUUCAGGGAAACCAAAUAAUUGGCCAUGGGUGGGGCUGGAGACACGUGUUCCCAGCCGCACCCACGGGAAUCGUUUAUUUGCUUGCGGAAUUCUUUCGUAGGAAUUCUGAAACCUAUCAUAGGAACUCAUAG